AUGUGCUGCCGAAGCAGCCAGAAAGGCGGUUGCACGCAUGCGCGCAGCCGAAGAGAGUUUUUUCUUGCUUCAGCAGCAGGUAAUCCUUCGCCUGCUGUUGCGAUUCAGCAAGAGGCGGUGACUGUUGUUGCGAUUCAGCAACAGGCGGUGAUUGUUGUGGCUAGUACACGUGGUGAGUUAACACGAGCGAUAGGUACAUUCGCUGCGUCUGCAGCGGGUGCUGUAACUCGCAAUGUUAAUGAGCCUGAAAUAGAGCUCAUCUAUUCUGGCGAGUCGGAUGAUGUAUACGACUCGAAGGCGAAACCUCACGACUCCGGACCAUCCUGGGAGGACACUGCAAGAUCCAGGUUGACUGGCUCUGGGGAACGUGGCGGCAUCAUGUCCGAGAUCUUCGGACCGAGCGAUUCUUCUGACGUACUUUCGCCUCACGCAAGUCCAUCCGACGAUGGGACGCCUGGUCAUGGUGGUAAUAAUCCUAUGCAUCACCACGUGAGAAGAAACUCGAGAGAUCGAGCUGCCAUCGGUGUCAGUUCUCGUGCUGACACAACUCAAGAGGCCAGGGACCGAAAUGUCCUGCGCCAUGCUCCUCAUGUGGAGUCGCCUUGGAUGCCGUCAUUUGUAUAG